GCCAACAUCCCUCACAAGACAACCGACCGUUUGAUCAUCCAACUCACUUCUUCAUGAAAUCCAUAUAGGACUCUCUCGGCCAGCACUAUCCGGCUCACUUUCGCUUCGGACCGCACUUUCUAUCCUUCUAUCCCUUCGACACCCGAGUUGCAGCGCUUGCGGUUGCGCAGGCAUCAGGAAAACUAGAUACAGCCUCUCUACCCAAUCUUGCUUCCACCCAUGAUCAUGACGGCCGGACUAAAAACGAUUAUUGCGCUCUCCUUUGUGCUUGCCAUCGGAUUCCUCCUCGUCAUCCUCUCCGCGGCGUUGUUCCACAACUUCCUCACCCUCCUCGUUGUCGCAACUUAUGUGCUGGCGCCCCUGCCGAACUGGGUGGCAGGAAGAUGUGCCAAUGCAGAUGACUUCAUCGAGAGCAAUUCCGGGGCCUGGAUAGAUCUGGGCCGCUUCGCUACUGGAUUUCUCGUGCUUAUGGGCAUCGCCCUGCCGGUGCUACUUGCCCAUUCUGCCCUUAUUCAAGUUCCGGCCAUGGUGAUGUCAAUUGUGGGCGGGUUGCUGAUAUACGGCACCAUCAUCAGCUUCACCCAGUUUUUCAAGGAGGAGCAAGACUUUUAAACCAGCGAAGCGCGAAUGCGGGCUUUUGAGGAACUGGAUGCAUAUGCAAGGCGUCUUGAAUCUGGUUGGUCUAACAGAUAUUGCUCCGCAAUGUUGGACGAAAACACACGAGGUGGAAGUUGUUCUACUCUACGGAUCACGCAAGCGAACUCUGGUAUAUUUGUAUCAAUCAGAACUUGGGCUCGACCACAUGGCCGUUUCUAAUACGAUUGUCUGGUUUUUCUUUUCUUUUCCUUCAAUAAAAGUGGCUUCUACGUUGCCCAUGUGUCAAUGUGUCAACCGAGAAUAGUAUUCAGCCCAUCAAUUGCCGCGCAUGUUUUCACAUCGUGACCCUGCAAUGUACCACG